AUGCCUACAAACUCCAGCUACCCAGAGGCACCCAUCCCAGAUGUCGAUCUUUGGGGGUUCUUGUUCGAGCGCAAAGAUAAGCCAUUUUCGGAUGACAAAGUAAUCUAUGUUGAUCCUCACACAAACCGAUCCUACACCUACGCCCAAGUCAAAGCGACUGCAAUCGAGUUCGGCCAGGGCCUCAAGGCACUAUGGGACUGGCAGAAAGGCGACGUUCUCGCGCUGUACACAACAAAUUGUAUCGACACACCGGCGAUAACAUGGGGCACCCACUGGGCGGGAGGAGUGCUCAGCCCUGCGAACCCAGCGUACACGGUCGAUGAGCUCGCAUUCCAGCUGAAGGAUGCUGGCGCAAAGGCUAUAGUCACGCAGAUGGCUUUCAUCAAGAAUGCACAGGAGGCUGCGACCAAGGUCGGCAUACCACUAGACCAUGUCAUCGUAAUGGGAGAUGAGCGCGACCCGACCUACAGGGUCAAGCAUUUCACCAGCAUAAGAAAGACGGCAGGGUCAGCGAGAUACCGUAGGACGAAGGCGAAACCAGACCAGGAUCUCGCUUUUUUGGUGUACUCUUCCGGAACGACGGGACAUCCUAAGGGAGUAAUGUUAACGCACAGAAACAUUGUGGCCAAUACGAUGAUGAUCAAGGUGGCAGAGGGAGGAAAGCUGAGCUCGACAGGUGGACCUGGUGGAGACGGUGAUAAGAUUCUGGCUUUCUUGCCGUUCUUUCAUAUCUACGGCCUUACCUGCUUGAUACAUCAGAGCAUGUACUCCGGCUUUCAACUCGUAGUCAUGCCGCGAUUCGAUCUCGAAGACUUCUGCAAGAUCGUCCAGGAGCGCAAAGUCACCUUCUUGUACGUCGUCCCACCCAUCGUGGUCCUUCUCGCAAAGAGUCCCGUGGUCUCCAAGUAUGAUCUCAGCACGGUACGAAUGAUGAACUCGGGCGCUGCGCCUUUGACCAAGGAGCUAGUCGAGGCAGUGUACAACCGCUUGAAGAUUCCGAUAAAACAAGGUUACGGACUGUCAGAGACGAGUCCUACUACACAUACGCAACCGUGGGAAACAUGGAAUACACAGAUUGGCUCAGUUGGCACGCUCUUGCCCUAUCAAGAAGCGAAGUACAUGUCUCCGGAGGAAAAGGAGCUCAAGCCUGGUGAAGUGGGAGAGCUGUGGAUCAAGGGUCCUAAUGUCUUUAAGGGCUACCUCAACAACCCUGAGGGAACUGCCAACGCUCUGACGCCCGAUGGGUACUUCAAGACCGGCGAUGUCGGCUACCAAGACGCUGAUGGCAACUUCUACAUCACGGACCGCAUCAAGGAACUCAUUAAGUACAAAGGCUUUCAAGUUGCUCCUGCAGAAUUGGAAGGCAUACUACUGUCUCACCCUUCCAUCAACGACGUUGCAGUCAUUGGUGUAUAUGAAAAGGAGGAGGCAACCGAGCUACCGAGGGCAUAUGUUGUGCCCAAAGACGGUCUGGGUCGGACAGACGAUGAAAAGAAGGCGAUCGUUGACUGGCUGGGUAAGAGAGUGGCGGGUCAUAAGAGACUAAGAGGCGGUGUCAGGUGGUUAGAUGAGAUCCCGAAGAGCGCUAGCGGGAAGAUUUUGAGGAGGGUGUUGAAGGUAAAGGCACAGGAAGAGGAACAGGGUCCGAAGGCGAAGCUUUAA